AUGGUCAACAAUCCUGAUGAGAGUUUAAGUGGUUACAAGAGUAAUGAAAAUGUAAAAUGGAAAUUUUUGCCUCCGAGAGCCCUUAACUUUGGAGGAAUUUGGGAAGCUGGAGUGACAUCCUUUAAGUUUCCUCUGAAAAGAGUAGUGGGUGGUCAGAAAUUAACUUAUGAGAGUUUUUUAACAGUAAUUAAUCAAAUUGAAUCCAUUUUGAAUUCUCGACCACUUACUCCCUUAUCUUCGGAUGUCGAUGAUUUGAGCGCUCUCACACCAGGCCAUUUCUUGAUCGGAAGACCGUUUACUGCAAUGGUAGAGCCAGACUUGACAAAUAUAUUAGAAAAUAGACUGGGUUGUGGCAAAGUUUGUGCAACUAAUAUGGAAAAAAUGGCACAAUGA